CACAUUUCACCACAAACCCUAAUUCCAAACCACCAGCAGCAGCAGCCAGAGAGCAAACAUGCAGAUCUUCGUGAAAACCCUAACGGGGAAGACGAUAACCCUAGAGGUUGAGUCUUCCGAUACCAUCGAUAACGUCAAGGCCAAGAUCCAAGACAAGGAAGGCAUCCCACCCGACCAGCAGCGCCUCAUCUUCGCCGGCAAGCAGCUCGAAGACGGCCGCACCCUCGCCGACUACAACAUCCAGAAGGAGUCCACUCUCCAUCUCGUCCUCCGUCUUCGUGGCGGCGCAAAGAAGAGGAAGAAGAAGACGUACACCAAGCCAAAGAAGAUCAAGCACAAGCACAGGAAGGUCAAGCUCAGCGUCUUGCAGUUCUACAAGGUCGAUGAUUCCGGCAAGGUUCAGAGGCUGAGGAAGGAGUGCCCCAACGCCGAGUGCGGUGCUGGAACGUUCAUGGCCAACCACUUUGAUCGUCACUACUGCGGCAAGUGCGGCCUCACUUACGUCUAUCAGAAGGCUUGAGAGGUGAAGGAAAGCAGAUCAUUUUGGACGUCACUAUUGCAGCAAAUGUGGUUUUACUCAUGUUUUUACCAUAAGGCUUAAUUUUUGUGUAAUCUAGAUGACUGUUUUUGAUAUUCUGAGGAAUGUGGCUACUUUUUAAUACCCAAAUGGUGAUGAUGUUUCUACUGAUUUGCUAAAUUUGAAUGCUUUUAUUAGUUUA